GCGUAUUGAUGACGUUAUUUGAAGAUGGCGACUCGCACGGGGAGGCCUGAGCACCUGGCUCCGCCUGAAGUGUUUUACGGUGAAGAUGAAGCAAGAAAAUACACACAAAACUCACGUAUGAUUGAAAUCCAGACCCAGAUGUCCGAAAGGGCUGUUGAGCUACUCCAUUUACCUGAAGAUCAGCCAUGCUUCCUGUUAGAUGUUGGGUGUGGGUCAGGACUGAGUGGGGAUUACCUCUCUGAAGAAGGACAUCACUGGGUUGGUGUGGACAUCAGUCCAGCCAUGCUUGAUGUUGCAUUGGAGAGAGAGGUGGAAGGUGAUCUCAUUCUGGGUGAUGUGGGUGCUGGCAUUCCAUUCCGGCCUGGCAUGUUUGAUGGUUGCAUCAGUAUUUCUGCCCUGCAGUGGCUUUGUAACGCCGAUAAGAAGAGUCACAGCCCCCCAAAGCGACUGUACAAGUUCUUCAGCUCCCUGUAUGCCAGUCUGGUACGAGGCGCACGAGCUGUGUUCCAGCUCUAUCCCGAAAACUCCGAGCAACUGGAGUUGAUCACAGCACAGGCCAUGAAGGCUGGUUUCACUGGUGGGAUGGUCGUGGAUUACCCCAACAGCAGCAAGGCAAAAAAAUUCUUCUUGUGUUUAUUUGCUGGAGUCUCUGGAAAGCUGCCAAUGGGGCUCGGAGCAGAGCAAGGAGAGACGACGACAAGCCAGGUUCAGUUCACUAAUGCCAGGUUGAGGUUUGAAAACCUGAAGGGAAAGCCUGUAAAAAGAAGCAGAGAGUGGAUUCUGGAGAAGAAGGAGCGUCGGAGGCGUCAGGGCAGGACUGUUCGAAUUGACACAAAGUAUACUGGCAGAAAGAGGAAGCCCCGUUUCUGAGGGUGGGAAUGGCAGGGGUGUUUUGUUCUCAGCUUGGAGAACUUCAUUUGGUCAAUUCUGUGGCACCUCUUGAUCCUGAAACCCUCAACGAUGUUGAAUUGACAACUGGCGAUGGACUGUCUUUGAAUGACCCACAUGCCAAACCCAUUACCGUCGCGGGGCUCUCCGUUUACAACAAUCUUCAUGGGUUUGCGGAACAGUAAAGAUUUGAAUCACAGGAGGAAGCAAUUCUGUUCAUUCUCAACUUCCUUCUCAAUAUCCAGAAUUCUGCAAGCCCAUGUUGUCUCAUCUUUGACUGCUGUCGUGUGUGUUUCUUGAAUGUUUGAUGUCCUAAUACAAAAGAAAGCCUUUGAAUCUAGUUGUUCUUAAAUGAGCUUGGCUGCUUGAGUUAAAGACAGCAGAUGAACUACCAUUAUUCCUUUAAAAAGGAUAUUUAUACAGUGACUGCAUUGAAAAGUUCAACCAGGAAGGUGGACAACUUCAUCUGAUGAUUGUGAUUUAUCUACUGAUGAAAAUUUUGACAUUAUUUUACUUGUGUACUGAAAAAAUAUAGCUCUUGAUCAGCUAGAUUGUCUUCAAUCCUGGUCAUGUCUUUCUGUUCA